AUGGGAUUCAUGAAGCUCUGCCUAUGUCUCCUCCUCAUGGUUGUCGCCGCCGCCCCUCCAUAUUCCUACGCCGCCCCUGACUAUGCCUUCUUCGGCGGAUAUGCACCAGCACAGUUGACAGAAGAUGGUCGACGGCUACUUUUCCAAUACGGAUACGACAGGACAAACAAGAUGUAUCGUAGAAGGUAUUUAAGCUAUGAGGCGCUUACGUUUAACAAUAUACCGUGCGGCCGUCGUGGCAGCUCUUACUAUGACUGCAGGAAGCGAAGGAGGAUCAACCCUUAUCGCCGUGGCUGCACUGCCAUCACCGGCUGCGCUCGAUUCACCGAUUGAAUGAUCAUCCGUUUGUGAUAUCACCUUGAAUCAGUCAGAUUGUUUUCUUUUCUUGGGAUUUUA